AUGAGAAAUCUUCUGUGCAAUCAGUUGGAGGUGUUGUUGCCGGUGGUGCGCGAUGCGGCGGCGAUCGCUCGCGAAAGUAUCCGUGUCUGUGCUGUCUUCACGCAAUGGAGUCGACAAAUUGGGGACGAGAUUCGAAGUCGCGGUCUUUCAGCAGAGAUCCUUCUCGAGGCUAUCGAUUCACUAAAGGAGCAAUUCGCAAUCAAUCGAAUGGGUCGUCAUUGGUUACCCCCAUCAUUGACUCCAUUGUUGAGAGUGGCCGCUUUGGAGAUAAAGAAACAAAAGGAAGAGAAUCGAAAUGCCGAACUGGAGAAAGAUCUGAAGAAAAAGGGAAAACAACCAGGAGACAGUGCGAGACAGAGUAAUACAGGUUGGUGUUGGGAAAAAAAGCUCACUGGCGCCGGUGAAAGAAGAGGAAGUGGUGAUCGUUUCCGAAAAAUCCCAUUGACAAGUGUUCGCCAAAGUGAUCAAGAGCUCUCAUCACCCGAACUCGACAUGGGCGAUCAAAUGGAGAUGCUCAAAAAGCACAUGGAAAUGGCUCAAUUCGAAAAAAAUGAGGCCUCAAUCGCGUUGGAGGCUGAAAAAGAUCUGACCACCUCGUUGCAGCAAGAGAUCACCGAAUUGAACAGUUUGGUGGCCGAUCGAGAGGCGGAGAUCGCGAAUUUGAAUGAAACCGUCGAGGAUCUGAUGGCGCAACUCGAUACGGUAAAAAGGGAAAAAUCGGAUAUCGAAAAAGAUGUGGAGUUGCUGCAGGAAAGACUCCAAUCGGCUGUUGACCCUUUGCAAAGGAUCAAGAGGACUUUAAGUGGAUUAUCCAACGACGAUCACGGAAACGGUUACACAGCUGAAAUCGAGGAGAGCCCAAGAGAAGAAGAAAAUGGAGAAGAGCAAAGAGAUCCACAAGAUCCUGAAUCAAAUGAAAUGAGUCGAUUGGAUCCACUUGGAUCAUCUCCAUGUCUAAUCAAUGAAACGAUUUUGGAAGAGGAUGAGGAAGGGAACCAAUCACAGAGGAGUCUCAGACAGGUACUCCCACCCGUCGAUCCCGAGUCUGAAGCCGAUUUGAUUCAAAGUGAAGAAUGUGAGCCUGAAAGCUUGCCGAACAAAGAAAUCCCUUCAGAAAUGGAAGAACUUGAAGAAACACAAGAAGAUGAUCAGAAUACAGUCAUUGAGAAUGAAUCGGCCGAACAAGAAUUUGAAGAAAUUCAGGAAAAAAAUGAAAAUGAGGGAUCAGCUCGUGAAUUGGCUGCUCCACUCGUUGACGAGGUACUCGAAAAAGUACAAGAGGAAGCCGAGAAACAUAUUGAUGAACUCAACGAUGAAAGAAAGAUCAGUGCAUCGAGUCAUUUGGAUUGCGAUUUAGUGGAGAGGAAGAAGAGCUCAUCGACGAGCGCUGAUGGGGUGUCUCUUGAUUCAAAAGCCACAAUCAACUCCGAAAACGAUCACCACGAUUUAUCCGCGCUUAUCGAAGAGCCAGAAUUGAUAAAGAUUGAAGAAGAAAUCGAAAAUGUGAAAACUCUUCACGAGCAGAAUAGCGUUUCAUCGGAGAAAACCGGCACAACAGCCAUCUAUUUGGGUGAAAGUCAAAGUUUUGAGAGUGCAGGCACAGAUGAGACGAAAAAGAGUGGAGAGGAGGGAAAUGACGGGAAUCACAAUGGAUCCAUCGACAUUUUGAGUCCAAUCAAGGAAAGUCCAGGGCUCUCAACAUCACAUAGUCAGGAAGGCUCAAAUCGAUCGCGUAUCUCAAGCCAAGGCUAUGAUCCGUACGAUUUAACAAAUACGGAAAGAAGAGAGAAAAGAAAAGCCUCACCAGAUCCGGAGAUUACGAAAGAAGAAGUCGAAGCGGAUGAGAUCGUGAGAAUCCUUUCUGCAAGAAGCACUCCACCAGAGUCUGACGAUGAAGAAAAGGAGAAUCGCGAUUCGAAUAACGAAGUUUUCUCACCACAAGAAUCUGAGGAAGAGAAAGAGAUACCACCAGAAAUCGAACCCUUAGCCCUUCGAUUAUCGAGUCGAUCCGGUUCUGAAGCCGAAGAGGAAAGUCAAGAGCAAUACUUCCAAGAGCCGGACGCAAAAGCCGAGCUGCAAUUGCUGUCGGAUCAAGUCCGAGAAUUGUACAAUAUCAAGGACAAUCUCGAGGAAAGACUUGGUGCUUGGAAUCCGGAUAUUUGCUAUCAAGGCUGCGAUCUGACAUCAGGCGAUCUCAACGCCGAGAUGGAAGCUGGAGAAAUUGAGUUUAAAAAAGUUGCAUCUUACGUGUUCGAGUUGCUGGAAUCUGAUUACGAGAUUGAAAAUACGGGAAAUGAGAUGAAACCGGAUGAAAGACGAGAGUUAAGAGCUCGAGUCAUUGAGAGAAUUGUCGAACAUCUACAUGAUCUAUUGAGAAAUGACGACCAAUUGGAGCCCGAACUUUCCCCAACUGCUCAACAAUUGGGAAUGUAUGCUCGCGGGAAAAAGUACAAUAUGAUACAAGAUGGACCACCACCUUUAAUGUCUGACGAUGAUUCAUUUUUGGAAGCUCGUACCCCGAAAGAUGCUCGAUCUGUGGCAAGUCGAGAUGGUCAACGAAGCCCAAACACCGUGGAACAAUCGUCCACGUCCACUAAACCUCUUCCACGAGCUGCCAGUCUCGCCAAUACGACUCCACCCCUCACCGCUCACAUGCAAUCCCAUCGAAACACCGCGCUGGGCAGGCCAUCUCGAGAGCAACUCAAAAUCAGCACCACACAAUUUCGAUGGCCUAGCGGGGAUUUCUAUCGUCAGCAAGAAGAAAAGCAAACGAUUCGACGCGAAAAUCGGCGACGAGCUCGCUCGAAUCCUUCUCGAGUUCCCUAUGUGCAACCGAGAAUGCGCUUU